UCAAUUUCUCCAUAAAAUAAUUUUCAAGUGUCAUAGAAAAGUUUUGGGGGAAAAAAUGGGUUCUAAGACAUUUAUUUUCCUUGGCCUUUUUCUAGCCAUUUAUGUAAUGAUAAGCUCUGAGAUUGUAGCAAAAGAGUUGACUGAGACUUCAGAAAAGAAUGCAAAGAAAUCCAACAACAAGAAUGAAGUACAUAAAGACCAAUUUGGUGGAUACCCUGGCGGUGGAUACCCUGGUGGUGGAGGAUACUGCCGCAAUGGUUGCUGCCAAGGCAAUAACUAUGAGUGCUACCAAUGCUGUUAAUGUGGAGCAAUAUAUCUUAACUUUUGUACUGGCAAAUAGUAUGUAAUACUAGUAAUUACUACUCUUCUCAUUUUCUUUUUCAGUCAAACACCUUUUAUUAAUUAGGUAUAUAAGUGAUAAAUGAUAAGUCAAGAUCGUGUUGUCAAUCAAAAAUUUUUUGUCUAAUGGAGAAGUUAUACACAUCGAA